AUGGCAGAAAUAGCAGUGUCUUUUGCUAUUGACAAACUGCUUCCAUUGUUAUCAGUACAAGUCAAUCUGCUCACAGGUGUUCACAAGGAAUUUGCAGAAAUUAAAGAAGAACUGGAGAGCAUCCAAGCCUUCCUUAAGGAUGCUGAUAAAAGAGCUGCAGCUCAAGCACCCAAUAUCAGUGAAAUGGAGAAAAUAUGGGUGAAGCAAGUUAGAGAAGUAGCUUUUCGCAUAGAAGACAUAGUCGAUGAAUAUUUGCUUUCUUUAGAGCACCAACCUCAAGAUCCCGGAUGUGCAGCUUUACUCCAGAUGAUCACUCACCCGUUCAAAACUUUGAAACAACACCAUCAAAUAGCGUCUGAGAUUCAGGACAUUAAGUCAUUGAUGUGUGGGAUCAAGGAAAGAAGUAAAAGUUAUGAUUUCAAACUUUCUUUUGAACAAGGUUCAAGCAGUUCUAAUGGAAUCCAGAAAUCCAAACUGCACCCCCUUCGAGAGGCUGCUCUUUACAUUGACGAAGCUGACGUUGUGGGCUUUGAAGCGCCAAAAAAAGUAUUGAUUGAUUGGAUGGUAAAGGGAAGAAAAGAGCGUACUGUCAUCUCUGUGGUAGGAAUGGCAGGACAAGGCAAAACCACUCUAGUCAAGAAAGUUCUUGACAACAAAGAUGUCAUUGCACACUUUGAUUGUCUUGUAUGGAUUACAGUGUCUCAAACAUACAAUGUUAAAGACUUGUUGAGGGACAUGUUGCUAAAAAUUUACAAACAAAAUGAAGAAAAUCCACCUCAGAAUAUUAAUCAAAUGGAUCAAAGGUCGUUGACCGAUGUGGUGAGAAACUACUUGCAGCAAAAGAGGUAUGUUGUUGUGCUUGAUGAUGUUUGGAGUGUACAAUUUUGGGAUGAUAUUGAACAAGCUGUAAUUGAUAAUGAAAGUGGAAGUAGGAUAUUGAUAACAACAAGGAACCUAAAUGUUGUGGUGUCUUGUAAAAAAUCUUCUUUCACUGAGUUGCUUGAGUUGCAACCUUUAACUCAAGAACAAUCACUGGAGUUGUUCAACAAGAAGGCAUUCAAAUUUGACUAUGGUGGAUGUUGUCCAAAAGACCUCAGUUGUAUAGCUGUUGAAAUUGUUAAUAAAUGCAAGGGUUUACCACUUGCACUUGUUGCCAUUGGUGGUCUUUUGUCUACAAGAGCGAAAACUGGGUUUGAGUUGCAGAGAUUUAGAGAAAAUUUCAGUUUAGAGCUAAAGAAAGAUACAAAUCUAAUUGGGAUAAAAGAAAUUGUAGCUUUAAGUUAUGAUGAUUUGCCUUACUAUCUCAAGUCAUGUUUGUUGUAUUUUGGAAUGUAUCCAGAAGAUUAUCAAGUUAAACCAAAUAGAGUGAUUCGACACUGGAUAGCUGAAGGGUUUGUGAAAGAAGAAAGGGGGAAGACUUUGGAAGAAGUUGCAGACGGAUAUUUAACAGAGUUGAUCCAUAGAAGCUUGGUGCAAGUGUCUUCAAUUAGAAAAGAUGGUAAAGCUAAAGGUUGUUGUGUUCAUGAUCAAAUACGUGAGAUGAUCCUUGAAAAGUUUGAGGAUUUGAACUUUUGCAGGCAAACUAGUGAAGACGGUAAGUCAUCCUUAAGUGGAAUAAUUCGGCGCUUGUCAAUAACAACCACGUCCAAUGAUUUAACGCCGUGUAUUGAAAGCUCGCAUGUUCGGUCAUUGCUUGUUUUUACAAAUAUAGAAUCAAAAUUAUUUUCUGGGAAUAGAAUCCCUAAAAAUUACAGGCUGUUGAGGGUUCUUGAUUGCAAAUCUGCUUUAGUUCCUGAGAAUUUGGGAAGUUUUAUCCACUUGAAAUAUUUAAGCUUGAGGUUUAUUGGGGAAUGUAAAAUCCUAAAAUAUAUUGGAAAGCUCCAUAGCCUAGAGACCUUGGAUCUAAAGGCUACUGGUGUUGGUGAUUUGCCCAAAGAGAUUAGCAAGCUUAUAAAGCUAAGACAUCUUAUCGGCUCUAGACUGUCUUUGAUUCAAUUAGAGGAUGGUAUUGGUGAGCUGACAUCCCUUCAAACGCUGCGCUAUGUUAAUUUAGAUUCGGAUGGAGCGGAAAAGAUAAUUAAAGGGUUAGGAAAGCUGAAUCAGAUGAGGGAUUUGAGAUUGAUUACUGUUCGUAGAGAACAUGGAACCAUUCUAUCUUCGUCGAUCAAUGAAAUGCAACACUUGGAAAUACUAGUUGUUGGAUCAAGAUGUGGUGACGAGGGUUAUGAAAUCAUUGAUUUGGAUUUGAUCUCAUUGCCAACUAAGCUUCGAAAACUUAGACUAAUUGGGAUUCUACAGAAGUUUCCCGAAUGGAUUCCAAAGCUUCAAAAUCUGGUUGAGUUGAGGUUGUGGAACUCCAAUUUACCUGAAGAUCCAUUCAAAUCAGUAAUUUGUUUGCAAAACUUAUUGUCCCUCAAUAUACGGCAUUGUGCUUAUAAAGAUUUGUGUUUGCAUUUUGAAGUUGGAUGGUUUCAAAAACUUAAAAAACUGAAUGUUGGAUAUACCAAAGAAUUGAGAGAAGUUAUCAUUGACAAAGGAGCACUGCUUUCUCUGAAAAAGCUAAAGUUUGACAGGCUCCUCGGACUGGAGAAUAUACCCACUGGCAUCCAACACUUGGAGAAGCUUGAAGUUCUCCGUAUUUCUUAUAUAUCAGAUGAAUUGGUGCAGAACAUUUCUACUGAGGAUUGGAAUUCAAUGCAGCAUGUGCCCCUUGUACAAAUUUCUGGCAGUGAUGGAAUUCUUAUUCCACAUCCAAGGAGUUAGAAAUCAUGCUUUACCAUACUCAGGGAGAAAAAAGGUGUUGGGUUUCAAUUUCAAGUGCAAUGGCAACUCAGAUUCUCCACAGGGACUUCUACCGCAACACUUUGGAACUUUUGUUGUUCCUCAAUAAAAAGUUAUAUGUUUAAUUUGUUUUUCUUUUGAUUUGAUGUCUGAGUUAUUUGUAAUUGUAGUAUAUCAUGUAUGCAACAUAUUAU